AUGGCUUCUACGGAAGUCGAUUCCCGCUUAGGCCGAGUUCUGAUCCCUGCUUUGGAUAAGGUCAUUAAGAACGCCUCAUGGCGAAAGCACUCCAAGCUCGCUCACGAGUGCAAAUCCGUCAUCCAACGCCUCAGAUCGCCUGACGAUUCUUCUCCCGUUGCCGACUCUGAUUCCGGAUCCUCCAUUCCUGGCCCGCUUCACGACGGAGCAACCGCUGAAUAUUCUCUCGCCGAGUCGGAGAUUAUCCUCAGCCCUCUCAUCAACGCCUCCUCCACCGGCGUUCUCAAGAUUGUCGAUCCCGCUGUUGAUUGCAUCCAGAAGCUUAUUGCACAUGGCUAUCUUCGCGGUGAGGCCGAUCCCACCGGCGGUCCUGAGGCGCUACUCCUUUCCAAGCUCAUUGAAACCAUCUGCAAAUGCCACGAGUUGGAUGACGAAGGCCUCGAGCUGCUCGUCCUCAAGACGCUCUUAACUGCUGUAACUUCAAUCUCGCUGAGGAUCCAUGGUGAUUCUUUGCUACAGAUCGUCAGGACUUGUUAUGGUAUCUACUUAGGAAGCAGAAACGCGGUUAAUCAGGCCACGGCUAAAGCCUCGCUCGUGCAGAUGUCUGUCAUCGUCUUCAGAAGAAUGGAGGCAGAUUCCUCCACUGUCCCGAUUCAGCCCAUCGUCGUGGCCGAGCUGAUGGAGCCGACGGACAAAUCUCAGUCAGACCCAUCAACGACGCAGUCCGUUCAAGGAUUCAUCACCAAAAUCAUGCAGGACAUUGACGGAGUGUUCAAUUCAGCUAACGCCAAGGGCACCUUUGGCGGCCACGACGGGGCCUUCGAGACUUCAUUGCCUGGUACCGCGAAUCCUACAGAUUUGUUGGAUUCUACAGAUAAGGAUAUGUUGGAUGCCAAGUACUGGGAGAUAAGUAUGUAUAAGUCGGCCCUCGAGGGAAGAAAAGGAGAGCUGGCCGAUGGAGAAGUUGAGAAAGACGAUGAUUCUGAGGUUCAGAUUGGGAACAAGCUGAGAAGAGACGCAUUCUUGGUAUUCAGGGCACUUUGCAAGCUCUCCAUGAAGACGCCUCCAAAGGAAGAUCCAGAGUUGAUGAGAGGGAAGAUCGUGGCUCUCGAGUUAUUGAAGAUUCUGCUUGAGAAUGCCGGCGCUGUCUUUAGAACCAGCGAUAGGUUCUUGGGCGCCAUCAAGCAGUAUCUGUGUCUCUCCUUGCUGAAGAAUAGUGCUUCAAAUCUUAUGAUCAUUUUCCAGCUUUCCUGCUCGAUUUUGCUUAGCUUGGUUUCGAGAUUUCGUGCUGGGCUGAAGGCAGAGAUUGGGGUGUUCUUCCCCAUGAUUGUUCUAAGAGUGUUAGAGAAUGUUUCUCAACCUGAUUAUCAACAGAAGAUGAUUGUGCUUCGGUUCCUGGACAAGCUCUGCGUUGAUUCACAGAUUUUGGUAGAUAUAUUCAUCAACUAUGAUUGCGAUGUCAACUCAUCCAAUAUAUUUGAAAGGAUGGUCAAUGGUCUCCUUAAAACUGCUCAAGGAGUGCCCCCUGGUACAGUUACUACCUUGUUGCCACCUCAGGAAGCAGCCAUGAAACUUGAAGCCAUGAAGUGCUUAGUUGCUGUUUUAAGAUCCAUGGGAGACUGGGUGAAUAAGCAGUUACGUCUUCCAGAUCCUUAUUCAGCAAAAGUGCUAGAAUUUGAUGAUAGAAAUCUUGAAGAAGGGAGCCAUCCGGUGGAAAACGGUAAGGGGGACGGGGGCCCUGGGGGUUUUGAAAGAUCAGAGUCUCAGUCUGAAUUGUCCAGUGGGACUUCUGAUGCCUUAGCAAUAGAGCAGCGCCGAGCUUACAAGCUUGAACUUCAGGAAGGUAUUUCUAUUUUCAACCAGAAACCUAAGAAAGGCAUUGAAUUUCUAAUCAAGGCAAAGAAGGUGGGAGACUCGCCAGAGGAAAUAGCCGCUUUUCUAAAAGAUGCAUCGGGGUUGAACAAGACUUUAGUAGGGGAUUAUCUGGGGGAAAGAGAAGACCUAUCCCUUAAAGUCAUGCAUGCAUAUGUGGAUUCUUUCGAGUUUGAAGGCAUGGAAUUUGAUGAGGCUAUUCGAGCCUUUCUCCGGGGGUUUAGGCUGCCAGGAGAAGCACAAAAAAUUGAUCGUAUCAUGGAAAAGUUUGCGGAGCGGUACUGUAAAUGUAAUCCAAAAGCUUUUUCUAGUGCUGAUACGGCAUAUGUACUCGCUUACUCUGUCAUUUUGCUCAACACAGAUGCACAUAACCCUAUGGUGAAAAGCAAGAUGACGGCUGAUGGUUUUAUUAAAAAUAAUCGUGGCAUAGAUGAUGGGAAAGACUUGCCUGAGGAAUAUCUACGUGCAUUAUAUGAAAGGAUAUCUAGAAAUGAGAUAAAGAUGAAGGAUGAUGGUUUGGGUUCGCAACAGAAGCAGCCAGCAAACUCAAGCAGAUUACUUGGCUUGGAUACUAUCUUAAAUAUUGUUGUUCCUAGGCGUGCGGAAGAUUUGUACAUGGAGACUAGUGAUGAUCUUAUCAGGCAUAUGCAAGAGAGGUUUAAAGAAAAAGCUCGCAAAUCUGAGUCAGUUUAUUAUGCAGCCUCGGAUGUAGUCAUACUCAGAUUUAUGGUUGAGGUGUGUUGGGCUCCUAUGUUGGCUGCUUUCAGUGUUCCACUUGACCAGAGUGAUGAUGCAGUAAUUACAACAUUAUGUCUGGAGGGUUUCCACCAUGCUAUCCACGUCACUUCUGUAAUGUCCUUAAAGACGCACAGAGAUGCCUUUGUGACUUCACUAGCAAAAUUUACUUCUCUCCACUCUCCUGCUGAUAUCAAGCAGAAAAAUAUUGAGGCCAUAAAGGCAAUAGUCAAACUGGCAGAGGAAGAAGGUAACUAUCUACAAGAUGCUUGGGAGCAUAUAUUGACAUGUGUUUCUCGGUUUGAACAUCUUCAUCUCUUGGGGGAAGGAGCGCCUCCUGAUGCCGCAUUCUUUGCAUUUCCUCAAACCGAGUCAGGAAACUCUCCACGGGCCAAGUCAAAUUCAGUACCUGCAGUUAAAGAAAGAGCACCUGGAAAACAUCAGUACGCUGCUUCUGCUGUGAUAAGGGGUUCCUAUGAUGGUUCUGGUGCUGCUAGCAAGGCUUCUAACACGGUGUCAUCUGAACAGAUGAACAACCUGAUAUCUAAUCUGCACUUGCUAGAACAGGUUGGCGACAUGAGUCGGAUAUUUACACGUAGUCAAAGAUUGAAUAGUGAAGCCAUAAUUGACUUUGUUAAAGCCCUCUGCAAAGUGUCCAUGGAUGAACUACGAUCUCCAUCUGAUCCACGCGUCUUCAGCCUUACAAAGAUUGUGGAAAUAGCGCACUAUAACAUGAACCGUAUCAGACUUGUCUGGUCGAGCAUCUGGCACGUUCUCUCCGAUUUCUUUGUGACUAUUGGUUGUUCUGACAACCUCUCCAUUGCAAUCUUUGCUAUGGAUUCCUUGCGCCAGCUGUCUAUGAAGUUCCUAGAGCGGGAAGAGCUGGCAAACUAUAACUUCCAAAAUGAGUUUAUGAAACCUUUUGUUGUCGUCAUGCGCAAAAGCGGUGCUGUUGAGAUCAGGGAAUUGAUUAUACGAUGUGUCUCACAGAUGGUUUUGUCUCGUGUUAACAACGUCAAGUCGGGCUGGAAGAGCAUGUUCAUGAUUUUCACGACAGCAGCACACGAUGCACAUAAAAAUAUUGUGUUCCUGUCUUUUGAAAUGGUUGAAAAGAUAAUCCGAGACUACUUCCCACACAUCACGGAGACAGAGACAACCACCUUCACAGACUGUGUGAAUUGCCUUGUGGCGUUCACCAAUAGUAAAUUUGAGAAAGAUAUCAGUCUCCAAGCCAUUGCUUUCCUUCAAUAUUGCGCUAGAAAACUUGCUGAAGGCUCUGUCGGUUCAUCAUUGAGGAGGAACCCUCCAUCUUCUCCACAGGGAGGGAAAGGCGGGAAGCAAGAUAGUGGAAAAUUUCUGGAAAGCGAUGAACAUUUAUAUUCUUGGUUUCCCUUGUUAGCCGGUCUAUCUGAACUUAGUUUCGACCCAAGAGCAGAAAUUCGCAAGGUUGCGCUCAAAGUCCUGUUUGAUACUCUGCGGAACCAUGGUGACCAUUUCAGCCUGUCGCUAUGGGAACGGGUUUUCGAGUCUGUUUUAUUUCGGAUAUUUGACUAUGUGCGUCACGACGAUGAGCCGUCGGGUGAGGAUUCAGCUGAUCAGAGAGGUUACAAUGGGGAAGCAGACCAGGAGUCUUGGCUCUACGAGACAUGCUCAUUGGCUCUACAGCUAGUUGUAGACCUCUUUGUGAAUUUCUACGCGACAGUUAACCCUCUGCUUAAGAAGGUACUGAUGCUAUUCGUAAGCCUGAUAAAACGUCCCCACCAAAGUCUUGCUGGUGCGGGCAUUGCUGCGCUCGUACGUCUGAUGAGAGACGUCGGACAUCAAUUCUCAGACGAACAAUGGCUCGAGGUUGUGUCAUGUAUUAAAGAAGCAGCAGAUGCCACGUCCCCUGACUUGUCAUACGUAACCAGUGAAGAGGAUGUAAGCAAUGAGGAUGAAACAAAUGAUAACUCCAACGACACGCUGAGAAGAAGAAACAUGCAGCUUCAUGCUGCCGUAGCAGAUGCCAAAUCCAAAGCUUCAAUUCAGAUUUUUGUGAUUCAGGCCGUAACAGAGAUCUACAACAUGUACCGUACAUCUCUGACAGCCAAUCACAUAUUGAUGCUCUUUGAGGCCAUGCACGGCAUCGCAUCAAACGCUCACAAGAUCAACACGGAUCCGGUCUUACGUGCCAAGCUCCAGGAGCUCGGGUCGUCCCCUGAGUCACAAGAAGCUCCUCUCCUCCGGCUGGAGAACGAAUCUUUCCAAACAUGUAUGACCUUCUUAGACAACCUGAUCUCAGACCAGCCGGUGGGUUACGAGGAGUCCGAAAUAGAAGCCCAUCUCGUAAGGCUGUGCAGAGAGGUGUUGGAGUUCUACAUAGAGAUAUCAUGUGCCAAGGAGCAGUGGGCAGGGAAAGUGAUGUCGGGGUCGGGAAAAAGGAAGGAGCUAACGGCGAGGGCUCCGCUAGUGGUGGCUGCGAUACAGACAGUGGGAAACAUGGGAGAGUCACUGUUCAAGAAGAACAUGCCGGAGUUGUUUCCACUGAUAGCGACGUUGAUAAGCUGUGAACAUGGGUCAGGAGGAGAGGUACAAGUGGCUCUUAGUGAUAUGCUUCAGACUUCCAUGGGACCCCUUCUCCUCCGCUCUUGCUGCUAA